UAAAGCUUAGCGCUCACCCUCCCUUCUCCUGAACGCCCCUGACCCGUGACCUUCCCCUAAGGUGCUUCCUUUUGCGCAAGCGCAGAACACCCGCUGUGAGCGCAUUAGAGCCAAGAUGGCGGCGGUGGUGGAGAAUGUUGUCAAGCUGCUGGGUGAGCAAUAUUACAGGGACGCCAUGGAGCAGUGUCACAACUAUAACGCCCGUCUGUGUGCAGAGAGGAGCGUCAGGAUGCCCUUCCUUGAUUCUCAGACAGGUGUCGCCCAGAGCAACUGCUACUUCUGGAUGGAGAAACGGCACAGAGGACCAGGCGUUGCCCCAGGUCAGCUGUACACAUAUCCAGCACGACGCUGGAGGAAGAAGAGGAGAGUUAGCCCUCCAGAGGACCCCCGUCUAGCCUUCCCGUCUCUAAAGUCCGAGCUGGAUCUGGGGCUUAAGAAAGAUGUUUUCUCCAGUGAUGGCAGCAGUUUAGAGGCACUUCUGAAAGGAGAGCCAGUGGACAAAAGAUCUGGGGUGGAGAUCCGCACAGCCGAGGAGGAACCCAGCUCUACCGAGUACUCUUCUGGGGGACUAAACCCCAGCAGUAGGGUCCGUAAGAGAAUUUUGGAGCCGGAUGAUUUUCUAGAUGAUCUGGACGAUGAAGAUUAUGAAGAAGAUACUCCAAAGAGACGGGGAAAAGGCAAGGGAAAGGGACGUGGAGUCAGCAGCACUCGGAAGAAGUUGGAAGCAGCAGCUGCUUUGGAGGAUCGAGACAGACCAUACGCUUGUGACAACACUUUCAAACAAAAGCAUAUUUCAAAAUCUUCCGAAAGAGUCUGUGGGAAGCGCUAUAAGAAUAGGCCUGGUCUCAGUUAUCAUUACGCCCAUUCUCACUUGGCUGAGGAGGAGGGGGAGGAGAAAGAUGAGAUGGACAUUCGUGAACCAACUCCACCCCAACAAGACGAACCGAAGACUCCUAAGAAGGGCCCAGAUGGUUUGGCUCUGCCAAACAACUACUGUGAUUUUUGUUUGGGAGAUUCCAACUUGAACCAGAAAACCGGCCAAUCGGAAGAGCUUGUGUCCUGCUCAGACUGUGGCCGUUCUGGUCACCCCUCUUGUCUGCAGUUCACUCCAGUGAUGAUGGCUGCUGUGAAAACCUAUCGCUGGCAGUGCAUUGAAUGCAAGUGUUGCAAUAUGUGCGGAACGUCUGAAAAUGAUGACCAGCUGUUGUUCUGUGAUGAUUGUGACCGAGGUUACCACAUGUACUGCCUUUCGCCCCCUAUGUCUGAACCUCCUGAAGGAAGUUGGAGUUGUCAUCUGUGUUUGGCCCUCCUGAAAGAGAAAGCCUCUAUAUACCAGAAUCAGAAUGCACCUCCCUCGUGAUGGCCUUUUUGGAAAGACAGACCUUCUUUCUCAUAGUUACCCUCCUAGAUUCAUCUGUUCAGUUUAAGCAAAUGAAACGGGUCGAACAAAAGUUGUAUUGGAACAGAAAAAAAGACGACCCCCUUGUCCGUGCCCGCAGACAGAAAAGGAGGGAGAGAAAGCGAAAGGGAGUGAGAAAAGAGUGCCCUUCUUCUUAGUUCUCUUUCACAUCUCAGCAGGUUUGAUCUCAGUAUGACUGUUACACAGUUCCAAGUUUCAAACUACCCCUGCUCGUUGUUUUCAACUAUUAGCCCCCCCACAACUAACACAGUACUUCCACAGCAAACGUCAAAGCCAGUCACAAACUCUCUUGACACUUACAGCAGUACAUACUUGGAGGAAGUCGCUAUGAGAAUAUUAUGACUCUGUUUUUGAGUUCCUGCUCAUAUUAGACCUGAUAUUUCCACCCGUUUCUGGGGACACUGUUUAACAAGUAAUUAGCUGCAGCUUAUAUCAGCCACAAUAAAAAAAAAAUUGCAUAUUCAGCCAUAUCCAAAAUACUCUGUACUGACACUGUGCUUAUCACGGAGACGAAUAGUUGAAACCAAUCAGCAUGCCAAUGCUUGUUCAUAAUAAGCAAAAUAGAAAAGAAACAAUAAUGUGUUUUUGUAUAUUUAUAAAUUUGUAUAGCAUAUAAAGGUGUGCCGUAUUUAAGAUCUUAAACAAUAGAAAUGGUUCAUUAUUAUGAUGGGAGUUACUUGGGGAUUUUUUUUUGUUGUAAUGAUAGCAUCUGUAUAUGCCACUGAAGCACAGAGUCUAGAAAGUCAGCGUGUGACCUCUUUACUAACUAAUGGGUUAAUGGUGCAGGUAAGGGUAGUGAUUUUAAUUUAUAUUUUUAUAUUGUCAUUCAUUUUUGCAUUUUUUUAGACAUGCUUAAGAUAUUCAGAAAUUGGUUACAAUUUAGGUAAAAGUGGAUAGGACAUCGGGUAAUCGAGGAAUAGGAUUGAAAAACAGGACUAAAAAAAGAAAUAGUCCAGUAUAAAAACGUUCAGAAAUAAUGACUGUAAUAAUAACUGUUGGCAAUUAAUGGAGAUGUAGAACAAUAUAUUGCAGUCUACACUGAGAUCAGUUUGAGGAUUUUAGUAGUUUGAUAGAUUCUACCAAGAAUGUUAAAUGCCUUUCAAAGUAAUCCUGAAGGAUUCACUGUUGAGUACAGGAAAGAUUUCUAUAGUGCAAGAAAAUAUGUGGACAAAUACUUCAAUGCCAUAAUUCUUAUGUUUACUGUAAUGACAUUUCAUUGAUUACGGCCAUACAUAUGACAAACAUAUUCUUUUAUCAAAUUAUCAUUAAAUUGCCAAUUGCCGGGUGUAGGAUAUUGAGCAAAAGUAUUUCUGGAAAAAAAAAACACAUGUAAAACACACAAGUAUGUGGGUCACAUGCUUGGUUAGUCAGCAAAUUAAUUUUAAUAUAGCUUAACCAAGAGUCUGCUUUCAGUCCUUUAAUCUGUGGUCUGUAUUGGCAUCUUUAUGGCAUCAGAUAUGUGCCAUUUAAACUGGAAAAAUUGUCACUUAGAGAGAGGGUUCACACAAAGAAAGUUCAAUUGCCGUCAUUUACUCACAAACUGGUAUAACUUUCUUCUGUGAAUCAUAAAGAAAUGAGAAAUGUCUUGUUUUGGUCACCGUUGACUCCUAUUGUAUGGACAAUAAAAAAAAAAAAAAACAUAGUUUGAUCCCAAUAUCAACUAUCUUCAAAAUAUCGACUAGCGUCUAGCGUUCCACAGAAAAAAGUCAUACGGCUUUUGAAAGGCUUGAGGGUAACAAAAUGGUGACGGAAUUGUAUUUUUUUUUUUGGCUGAGUUGUACCUUUAAUUAGGGAUUGAAUGAUGGUAGUGAAGACAGAAAGGUUGCUGAAAUGACCCAGUGCUAAAUUCAAUACAGCACGGAUGUGAAAUGUGGUAUUUGCUGAAUUUGUCAGAGCUUAGUUUGACUUCCUAGAGUAAGCUGAAGCAGAUAUACAGCGUGCUUCAAAUGUUCCCAUAUUUUCCUGUCUUCUAUUGCCAUUUACCUUCACAAUCCAGCCAAAACUUCCUUUGUUUAAAGAAUAAAUCUAGAGCACUGCA